CAGAAGAAGAAAACGACCAAUGAGAACGUUCCUGUUCAGGUCACAUGACCUGGAAACAUGGCCGCUUCAGAAAGCUGAGAAAGCUAUCGAGCAAUAACAAUUACUUUGAACAGCACAAGUACUUAUCUGUAGGAAGACGUCGGUUUACCUUUACGGAAAUCUGGGAGCCUCGUGGGCAUGAAGUAGCUUUACCGCGUUUCCUGAAGUUCCUCUUUGCUGCUGGAGACCAUGAAGCUGCGCGUCCAGCUGCAAUGCAAGAACCUGCAUGAAUACCUGAAGGAGCUGAGUCCGGAGAUUUUGGACAGACUCUACAACCACCCGGCGACAUGCCUGGCUGUGUACAGGGAACUCCCCUCUCUGGCAAAGAAUUAUGUGAUGCGCAUGCUGUUCCUGGAUCAGCCUCUCCCCCAGGCAGCUGUGGCAUUGUGGGUAAAGAAAGACAGUCAGAAGGACCACGAUGAAUGUGUCUCAGUGUUGGCCGGUCUCCGCCUCUGGCACAGUCAGCAGCUGCAGGGUGGUCUGCAGGGAUACGUUUUAAAUCCGGUGUUUAAAGACAACCUGAGGACAGCUUUGCUCGGAGGGGGGCGAGCUUGGGCCGAUGAGGGGAGCACGCUGGGCCCUGACCGCCACGCACGAGACAUUGAGAGCCUCGACCGCUAUGCUAUGGAGCGCUGGGAGAUCAUCCUGCAGUUUAUGGUGGGUUCUCCCAGUGCUGUCAGCCAGGACCUGGCACAGCUUUUGGUUCAAGCAGGCCUCAUGAAAAGUGAAGCAGGAGAGGCGCCCUACAUCACCUCAGCUGGCUUCCAGUUCCUCCUUCUGGACACAGCCUCUCAGCUGUGGUACUUCACCUUGCAGUACCUCAAAACUGCUCAGGUACGCCUUUCUGCUACUUCAAGGAAGUCCAGGAGAUAUUAUCCCACCAGGCUGGCGAUCACUCUGGCUGCAGGAGUCGCCAGCAGCUCCUCCUCUAACCUGGCUUCCAGUGCUGGGACUGGAGAUGCAGGUUUCAUUGUGGUGGAAACCAAUUAUCGUAUCUAUGCCUACACAAAUUCAGAACUUCAGAUUGCUCUGGUGGCUCUCUUCAGUGAAAUGCUCUACCGCUUCCCCAACGUAGUUGUGGCUCAGCUGACGAGGGAGUCUGUGCAACAGGCCAUCGCCAACGGGAUCACUGCACAGCAGAUUAUCCAUUUUCUGAGGACCAGAGCUCACCCUGUCAUGCUCACUCAGACCCCAGUGCUGCCUCCAACUAUAACAGACCAGAUCAGACUGUGGGAGCUGGAGAGAGAUCGCCUGCAGUUCACAGAGGGUGUGCUCUAUAACCAGUUCCUCUCCCAGGCUGACUUUGAGGUUCUGCGAGACAGAGCUCAGGGCCUGGGCUGUCUGGUGUGGCAGGAUGUGGCCCACAGAGUGAUGGUGGUGACACCACAGGGACACAGCGAGGUCAAGAGGUUCUGGAAACGUCAGCGAUCUCACACGUGAACGGAGGAGAAAUGUGGCUUUUCUUGCUUUCCACUACCAUCACCGUUGUUAGUGCGAGAGGAAAGUGAAGAUGACUUUUUUAUAACAUGCUAGCAUCUGAGUAUUAAACUGAACAGUUUCUGCUCAUGCUUUCCUUUUUGAGUAGCUGUGUGGAUCCUAUACUCAGAAUCAGGUUUUGAUUACUGAGUUCUUGAAGACACCCUUUGGACUCUAAGUCGUGUGGAACCUCGACUGUAAAUAAUCGUACAACUGGUGGAGUUAAAGUGAAAAAGCUGACAGCAAUAAUGGAACCAAACUCAGGAGAUUAAUUUGUAAGAACUUUAUUAAUUGAUCUCUUUGGUGUUGUGACCUGAAAACUAAGUGCUCAAAGACACCCUGUACACACUGGAUAAGGAUUGUGGCUUUUUAUAUUUUGAGUUCAGAAUAAAAGUUGUUGAAUUAUA